AUGGUGGUAGCCAUGAAAAAUGUUGUUGAAUCGAAUAGUGAACUGGCGACUGACGAACGUAGUUUGCUCUCGAGGGCCUAUAGAUAUGCGAUCAGUAGUUGUCGAUUAUCUUGGCGAGUGAUAUCCAUUAUUGAACUCGAAGCUCAAGGUUUUGAACGUCAACGAGAAAUGGUCAAAGCAUAUCGAGAGCAGAUCGAAAAUGAAUUAAAAGAUAUCUGUUAUGAACUUUUAAGCUUACUUGAUAAAUAUCUCAUUCCGACUGUAACAACAAUUGAAUCGAAAGUGUUCUAUCUGAAAAUGAAAGGUGAUUAUUAUCGAUAUCUGACUGAAAUCACUACCGGCAAUGAACAACGAAAGUUCAUCGAAGAGUCGAAGCAUGCCUACAAGAAUGGCUUUGACAUAGCUCAGGAUCAAAUGACAGUCACACAUCCUAUGCGACUUAAUCUUGCUCUAAAUUUGUCAGUUUUUUGUUACGAAUUUCUCAGUGAAACAGAUUUGGCAUGUCACCUGGCUAAGAAGGCCUUCGACGGUGCUGUGUCUGGAUUAGAUUGUAUCAGUGGUGAUUCUUACAAAGACAGUACUAUUAUCAUGCAACUACUUCGCGAUAAUCUUAAGGUUUGGACUAAAAAUCAACAUGAUCUUAACGACAUAGAUCAAUCGAGAGAACAACAGUAA